UGUGUAAAGGCAGGCAGGGCGUCUCUGCUGCACACAGGGGAGAGUGAGAGCUCCCAGCACAGACCUUCCGACAGCCGGUUCCCUAGGCCUCCGGGAUGCUGCCCCCUGCCUCCAGGCCCCACCCUCCUCACCCUUUCCUGCUGCUGCUACUGCUGCUGCUGGGACUCCCAGGGGUGGCAGGAGAGGAGGAGCUGCAGGUGCUCCAGCCUGACAAGUCCGUGUCGGUCGCGGCCGGGGAGUCGGCCACUCUGCACUGCAUCAUGACCAGCCGGGAACCCGUGGGGCCCAUCGAGUGGUUCAGGGGGACUGGGCCAGGCCGAGAAUUAGUCUACAGACAAAAAGACCCCCCGUCCUCCCGGGUAACGCCUCUUGGAGACAGCACAAAGAGGAACAACACGGACUUCUCCAUCCGCAUCAGCAACAUCACCCCAGCGGACGCCGGCACCUACUACUGCGUGAAGUUCCAGAGAGCAUCUCCUCACAACAGGGAGCUGAAGUCUGGCCCAGGCACCGAGCUGUCUGUGAGUGCCAAACCCUCCGUCCCUGUGGUCACGGGCCCUGCGGCAAGGGUCACAGCUGACCAGACGGUGAACUUCACCUGCGAGUCCCAUGGCUUCUCCCCACGAGACGUCACCCUGAGGUGGUUCAAAAACGGCAAUGAGCUCCCAGACGCCCAGACCGACGUGGACCCUGAAGGAAAGCGCGUCUCCUACCGCGUGCGCAGCACGGCCAGGGUGGCGCUGAGCCCCAGAGACGUCCACUCGCAGGUCAUCUGCGAGGUGGCCCACAGCACCUUGCGGGGGGCCCCUCUCCGCGGGACUGCCAACUUGUCUGAGACCAUCCGAGUUCCGCCCACCUUGGAGGUCACCCAACAGCCCACGAUGGCAGGGAGCCCAGUGAACAUCACCUGCCGGGUGACAAGGUUCUACCCCCGGAGCCUACAGCUGACCUGGUUGGAGAACGGAAACGUGUCCCGAACAGAAACGGCCUCGACCCCCAUAGAGAACAAGGACGGGACCUACAGCUGGACCAGCCGGCUCGUGUUGAACUCGUCCGCCCACAGGGAGGACGUGAAGCUCACCUGCCAGGUGGAGCAUGACGGGCAGCCGCCGGUCAGCAGAAGCCACAUCCUGGUGGUCUCCACCCACCAGAAGGACCAGGGCGCAGGCUCAGCAACAUCUCCUGCAACCCUCCUCAUAGCUUUCCUCCUGGGCCCCAAGGUGCUGCUGGUGGUUGGUGUUACUGCCGUCUGUGUCCACAGGAAGCAGAGGGCCUGACCGGCUCAGCCAGAGAGAAGGAGCCGGAGAGAACCUGCCUCCGACUUGGCUCCAAAUGCCUCCCCUCCCAGGACCUCCACCUGCCCUCAGCCUCCUGUAUCGGCAUUGUCAGUCCCUGAUGCCUCCAGGGCCAGGUUUUCUUUCGUGGGCCUGAACAGGGGCCAUGAGAUCAGGCAGAGGGGCUGACUCGGGACACCUCCCUAGAAUGGGAGAAACAAGGCAAAGCUAAGCGCCUUGGGACCUCUCUCAGCCACUGCCUCAGGACUGGCCGUGAACUGCAGACUCCCUUCCAGGCUGUCUGGAUCCCAGCCUGCCCCACUCCCCAGCCAUGCUGAACUUCUCCAGUGUCUCCUGAAUACAAAUGAGCCCCCAUCCCGGUUCAAGAAGAAAAAAUUAUUCUCCUUCCUCUUUGUCUAAAUGUCCUACUCCUCAAACCGAGAAAGAAGUUUUCCCUCCUCUCUCUGUGAUGGGAGCAGGAGGAGCCAUGAGAGGGGCUACCCAGGAGUCGGUCCCAGCUCAUCCAUCUCCCUGCGUCCUUCCAGCCCUGUCACUCAUGGCAGAAAUGCUGUGACAGUCUGAAAAACCUUGGAAUCCCUUUUGAUUUCUCUGUUCUUAACACCCCGUAUUCAAUUCUGCCUUCAAAAUGCAUAUGUCCCCUGGUGAAAUGGUAAAUGUUUAACAAUUGACUUUGAAAGCGGAGGAAAACAGCCUGAUUUGUGGUGCUUCUCAAUUUCUGCAGUGUAAAUACUCCCAAUGUGGUCAAUUUCAAGUUACCAACAGUUUAACAACCAGACUGCAAAACUGACAUUUUACAACAGCCCAAGUCUGCUCCAGCACACCUCUGUUACAUCCAUAACCUGCACACUUCUUACCCCAGACCCCUUCCUGUCCCAGCCAACAUCACCUCUUCCUGAACCAUUGCUGUAGCCUCUAACCGGCCUCCUUGUUUCAACCACAGCAAUUCUUUGAAAAAGUAAGUCAAAUUAUCACUCCUCUGCUACUCCCCAACAUAGCUGCAUGGCUCCCUCCCUCCCUUCUUUCAAGUCUCUGCUCAAUGUCACUUUAUUAAAGGCUUUUUUCGCACACCACCUUAUAUGAAAUAUUAAUUCCCUUCUUUCUCCCUGACAUACCAAUUCCUCUUAACCUGAUUUUUUUCUUAGCAUUUAUUGCCAUUUGUACUAUACUGAACACAAGCUGUCCUUGCUUUGCAUGGCAGGGCAGGAUUGUAAAAAGGACUGCAGAGCUGGGCACAGUGGCUCACGCCCAUA